GAACAAAGUUUAAUGUGAUCCAAGACUAUAUAUUUGCAUCAAACCAUGUUCAUAUAGGAGAAGGAAGAGCCAAACACCUCUAUAAAAGUAACUCAAUAUUUCACAUUCUUCAUCACAAACUUUUUAAUCAGUAUUAGUUCUUGUACCACUAGGUUCUUUUCCACUUCUUUGAAAUCAGAUUCUUUUUCUUCCUCAACAUCCAAAAACCUGAGUUUUUGAUUUUUAGUUAAUUUUCACAACAUGAUCACCAUGCCUAUAAAGCAAGAAAUCAUCGACCUAACAGACGAUUUAGACAAUAUUCAGAACACUACCAACGUCCCCACAAACACAACUAUGCAUAUGAUUCCUAUAACCAAUUAUGGUUAUGGUUCUUAUUUCAACAAUAUCGAAGAAAGUCCUAUGAAGAAGAUGAAAGUUGAAAGUGCAUCAUGGCAGCAACCUCUUAUUGUUGCUCCUUUAUCGAUUCGUCCAAAGAAUGAAUUGAUAGCUUCCCCUGCUACUAUUCCAGUUACUAGUUGUAAACAAUUUUGGAAAGCUGGAGAUUAUGAUGGCAAUAAAGAGGGUGCUGGUAUUUUCUCAGCUGGUUGUGAUCAAACAGUUGGGAUGGAUCAUGUAAGAGUUCACCCGAAAUUCUUGCAUUCAAAUGCCACCAGUCAUAAAUGGGCAUUGGGUGCUUUCGCUGAGCUUCUAGACAAUGCGAUGGACGAGGUUUGCAAUGGUGCUACGUAUGUAGGCGUAGACGUGCUGGACAAUAAGAAAGACAAGUGUAGCAAAAUGUUGUUAGUUGAAGACAAUGGUGGUGGAAUGACUCCUGAUAGAAUGCGCCAAUGCAUGUCUCUUGGAUACUCCGCGAAAAGCAAAUUAGCAAACACUAUUGGCCAAUAUGGAAACGGUUUCAAAACGAGUAGUAUGAGACUAGGAGCUGAUGUGAUUGUGUUUUCCCGAGGGAGAGAUAGAGCAACUAACACGUUGACACAGAGCGUUGGAAUGUUGUCAUAUACUUUUUUAAGGAGCACUGGGAAAGAAGACAUUGUUGUUCCUAUGAUCGAUUUUGUCAAGAGAGGAGAGAGUUGGGAGGUGUUGGUUCGAUCUUCGGGUGAUGAUUGGAAAAGGAAUUCGGAGACGAUAGUACAAUGGUCUCCUUUUGAAUGCGAAGCGGAUCUCUUCCAGCAAUUUGAGUUGUUGAAAGGCGAACAAGGCACGCGAAUUGUGAUAUACAAUCUUUGGGAGGACGAGGAAGGAGCCACAGAGCUUGACUUUGACACGGAUCCACAUGACAUCCAAAUAAGGGGCGUUAGUCGAGAUGAAAAGAAGAUUGAGAUGGCGAAAGAAUAUCCUAACUCGAGGCAUUUUCUAACUUAUCAACAUUCUUUAAGGAGUUAUGCUUCGAUUUUGUAUCUGAGGCUUGCUCCUGGAUUUCGAAUAAUUUUGAGGGGGAAAGACGUCGAACAUCAUAAUUUGGUAAAUGACAUGAUGUUAUCCGAGGAUAUUACGUACAGACCGGCAUCCGUUGGUUAUGAAAAUUCUGCAGCUGAAGUAACUAUUGGUUUUGUGAAAGAUGCAAAACAUCACAUUGAUAUUCAAGGAUUCAAUGUGUAUCACAAGAAUAGGCUUAUUAAGCCUUUCUGGAGGGUUUGGAAUGCUGCUGGGAGCGAUGGUCGCGGUGUGAUAGGCGUCUUGGAAGCUAAUUUUGUUGAACCGGCUCAUGAUAAACAGGGCUUUGAGCGAACGAUUGUCCUUGCUAGACUCGAGGCUCGUCUACAAGUUAUACAGAAGAAGUAUUGGUCUUCAAAUUGCCAUUUCAUUGGUUAUGCUAAGCGUCGCAAUGUAAAGAGUGCUGUCUCUGCUGAUGAGAAAGAGCCAAACGCUUCCGCACCUAAAAGCAGCUCAUGUAACUUCGGCCCCACAACCUCCGUAGUAGAACGCGAGAAGGGAGUUGUACAUUCUUCCGUAAAGGAAAAUUCAGUGCAGGAAGCAUCCUGCUUUUACGUAGGGCCCUUGAAAUUGCCGCCCCCGGUUCAUUCUUCAAUACAAGAAAGACGUGCAACUAUGACUGGAGAUCAAGCUCAGCAAGUCUGUACAACAAAUAGACAAACUGAUCAAACUCCAGCAAACGCCUCCGCGCCUAAAAGAAAAUCAUGUUCCCCGUUUAGCUCCAACGUCAGCCCCACAAACUGUCAUGACGAUAACUGUAAAUCAAAAUCCACUGGAGGAGAACACGAGAACACAGUACCAGCACAACCAAGAGAUCACACUCAGCAAGCGAGUACAUCAAAUAGGCAACAUGGUCAAACUCCAGGAUAUACAGUUGUGAAGAUGGAAGAUAAUGUGUCGAAUGACUUGAGAAAAGAGAAUCAGAGUACUAAGAAUACUUUACAACAGGUUUGGCGCCAUUGGCAGAAAGAAAGAGCCAGGAGUGAGAUGCUAGCUCGCAUGAUUAUAGAAGAAAGACGAAAUCGGGAUAAGGAAGAAGAGAAUUUAAAGAGCAAACUAAAGGAUGCUUCUGUUACCAUACAAGAGCUGCUCAACAAAGUGAGGCAGCUAGAAAGUAAUAGGAUAACUUUUAUUUGCAAAAACGAACGUUAACGAUAAGAAUUAGCAACAUAUGUAGCUAAAAAACACCAAGUCCAUUCAAUAU